AUGUCAUUGGAUCAUGAUCUGAUGGUAGAUAGGCUAUCUUCAUCUAAUUCUCCAAAAAGUGACCUGAAAAGCCGAGCCCAGGAACAAUUGGAGAAAUGGACACAGAAGAAACAGGAACUCAUGUUGUCACAAAAUCGAGAAUACAUGGAAUCGUUAUUCAAACAGAACGCAACCAAACCCAUAAAAAUUGGACCAAUUCAAGUAAUUAAUAGUCAGGGGUUCAGAGACUCAUUUAUAGAAGCUCAAAUAGAUCCGCUCACGCAGACCAAUUUGGUUACAUUGGGUACGUUUUUCAGCAAGUUGGAUCAAGUGAGUUCCAAUUGGAAAAAUAGUGGAGCGGUAGAGAACAUGUUCAUACAACUCCAAGACAGUAAGGAGAUAAGAAGGCCACAGCCAUUUUUCCGUAGUGGCAGACAAACAGGAGGCGACGGUACUGGUAGAGCUGGUAGCACAAUAAUCUCUCCGAUAAUCCAUUUGGCACCUGUAAAGCGUUUUUACGCCAAGACUGGUACAAACGUCGGGAAUGGUGAAGGUGAUGGCUACAUCCAAUUUCAAUUGAAGAAUUUGUUUGGAGGUGCCGAGAAUUUAACCUUUGAUGCCACCACGGGUACCAAAACGCAGUCCUCAUACUUGUUGAACUACACUCAGCCAAUUUGGAAUAACACUAACUUAAGGAUGGAAAAUGUCUUUUACAUGAAUACAAGAAACUUAGAUUGGUUGAAAUGUGAGGCAACAGUUAGAGGUCAUACAAUAAAAGUAUCUCAUCAGAGCCUUCAGAAUCGUUCAGUGAAUUUGGACUUCCUGAUUGAAAAUUGCUGGAGAACUGUAUCCAAUUCACAAUCUAGAGCUUUAGAUGUCAUGCUUCAACUGGGGAAUGAUUUUAAGCUGUCUGCAUUAUUUAACUGGAAGUACGACACAAGAGACAAUGCACAUUUGCCAAUGAAGGGACACAUGGUGAGGAUAGGAUUGGAAUAUUCAGGUUUGAUCCCACUGGUGAGUAGUUACAAAUUCUUUAAAUCUGUGUGGGAACAGCAACACUCCUUCAAAGUAUCAGAUGUGCAUAGCGUAAUCCUCACAAACAAGGCCGGAGUUAUAUCACCACUAGGAGGCUCUCUUUCCACGACGCAUAUCUUGGACAGAUUCUAUAUUGGGGGACCAAAUGACGUACGUUCGUUUUUAUUGAAUGGUUUGGGUCCAAAGAGUUUCAACUCAUCCAUCGGAGGCGAUUUGUUUGUGAAUGGUGGUGUUUCUCUUGUUUCCAAGAUUCCUAGACUUGAUCCCGAAUCAAAUUUCAAGAUUCAUAAUUUCUUCAACUUCGGGAAGCUUAUACCGAUGGAAAAGUCCGAUCACUAUCUUCUGACAUUAAAGUCUUUGUCACAGGUUUCGGCAAGUUAUGGUUUUGGAAUAUUGUACAAUCACCCAAUGGCUAGAUUUGAGCUUAAUUUCGUGCUUCCAUUAAUCACUCAUGACAGAGACUAUGUCCGCAAGGGAAUACAGUAUGGAAUUGGUGUAUCAUUUUUGUAA